UUAAUUUAAUUAUUUAAUUUUUUACUGUAAAACAAUGUAUUUCUAUGUCUUUUUUAUAAAAUGUUACAUUCAAUCAAGAUGGAUAUUGUAUAUUUUGUUACAGGCAAGCAUCAGUUGAAAAGAAAAGGGCAUCAGCGAAAGACAGGCUUGCAAAGCAUAGGGAAAAAAUAUAUAGUAAUCCAGUGUUACUUGAGGAGUACAGAAGAAAGGAGAGAGAAAGGUAUCGGAAACGUAAAGAAAAUGGUAAAAUUAAGACUACUCAGGACCUCACAAGUAGACAGCAUGAGAGAAAAAAAAAAUGUGGAAGAAAAAUUCGGCAAAAUAUUACAGAAAAAAAAAGCAAGAGCAAGCACUUCUAGAUCUAACCCCAACAUCUUCAUUAAGUGAGACAGAAAAUUCCUUUGGAAAUGAAGAAAAUAACAGACAGGAACUAGACACAAAUAAUGAAAGUCUGAACAGAACACCAGCAAAAGAAAGUUUAGACCUGAAAGGGCCAAUUGAGGCAUCCACCCCCCAGAGAACACGGCCAGUCAUUAAAAAAAGAGAGCGGGCAUCAAGGACUGUGGCCAAAUUAAGAGCAAAACUAAGGUAUGUUGAAGAGAAACUUAGGGCAAAGAAAACACAACUGCUGACACUAAACAGAAAAAUUAGAAGGCUGGCGGCUAAUAGAACAAAAAGUGCAAUGCUACCAGCAAAUAUUUCACAGGGGGUCAGUAUCAGAGAGGCUAAAAAGGGACUGAUGAUCAAUAGCAGGCGCAAACAACUUGACAAGGUUGUGAGCAUGUUCCUACAUCGGGAUGAUGUCUCAACUAUCAUAAAUGGCAAGUCUGGAGAGAUUCGUCGCAAGGGACAAAUUUAUAGAAAAAGAGCACUCACAGACACCUUGGCAAAACUCCAUCAACGCUUCCUUGUUGAACAUCCUGAGCAAACAGUGUCCAAAGCUCAGUUCUUUAGAUUGAGGCCAUUUUGGAUUAUUAGGCCUAAAGUUAAAGACAGAGAGACGUGUGCAUGUAAAAUACAUGAGAACAUUGGCUUUAAAUUAAAAAGAAUGCAACAACUGGGUAUCACUGAAACAUCAAGCCCAGAGGAUCUUGUGCAGUCCAGUGUGUGUGACACUGGCAACAUGUCCUGCAUGUACAGCAGAUGUCAAAAAUGCAUAGAAAAGACCUUUCCCACAUCCUUAGAUCCUCUCACUCAGGGGAACACUGUCAUCUGGCAAGAGUGGGUCACAAGGUCUGUCACUGUAACAAAGACCCUCAAGGAUGGAUCUACAGAGGAAAGGCAGACAAAGAAAACGGUCCUCGAAAAACGUACCUCAUCCAUUGAGCGGUUGCUGGCCCUAACAACAGAACACCUUCCAGGUUUUGCCAUUCACAUGUUUAAUGUCAAGAAACCAAUAUUUGUCAUUGAAAGCAAUGAAAGAUACCCUGACAGAUGAUGCUGUUGCUGUGCAUGUGGAUUACAGCGAAAAUUACAGCUGCAAAUAUGCCAAAGAAAUCAAGGACACCCAUUUUGGAACUGGGAAUGAUCAGGUAACCCUCCA